AAUCAGCUGAUCGCCGGUGUCUGUUACGCAUCAGUCAUCACCGUCUAAACAUAGAUCUGUUUAAUUUUGUUUAACUUAGCUGACGAGAUAUUCUGGAAUUGCGCUUAUUUGAAAUUUGCGUCUUAGGACCAGCUUCAUUGGUUGUUACUAUAGUCUAACGUUAUAUUCCUUUAGUAAUAAACACCGAUGAUGUCAGCCAGAUAUUUGCUUAGCACUGGGCAAAAAUGGAGACAGGUGUUGAAAUCUUUCAACCCAAAUCACAAUGCAAGAUGCAUUGCUUCUUCAUCGAAAUGUUGCAAUUCUUAUGCACAGGGAGUUCACACAAGAGAGCUUGGCGGAAAACAGUUAUUGCUUGAUCCACAUACAAACAAGGGUCUUGGAUUUACUUUAGAAGAGAGACAAAUACUUGGAAUGCAUGGACUGUUGCCUCCUAUUGUGUUAGAUCAAGAUAGGCAAUUAUCUAGGAUAAAGAAAGCUUACAGUCAAAUACAAACUGAUCUUGAAAGAUAUUCUUUCCUCACUGAUUUACAAGAACGAAACGAGAAAUUAUUUUUCCGAAUGUUACAAGAUGAUAUUGAACUUGUGAUGCCAAUUGUUUAUACUCCGACUGUUGGACUAGCAUGUAUGCAGUAUGGAAAUAUUUUCAGAAGGCCCAGGGGAAUGUUCAUAACGAUCCAUGACCAAGGUUACAUAGCAGAUAUAUUGCAAAAUUGGCCAGCGAAAGAUGUGCGUGCGGUUGUUGUCACAGAUGGACAAAGGAUUUUGGGACUUGGUGAUUUAGGAAGCUAUGGGAUGGGAAUUCCAUGUGGAAAAUUGGCUUUAUAUACAGCUUGUGGUGGAAUUCACCCACACCAGUGCCUACCUGUGUGUAUUGAUGUUGGAACUGACAAUGAGAAAUUGCUUUCUGAUCCAUUUUACAUUGGUUUAACACAUAGAAGAGUAACUGGUAUCGAAUACGAUGAGUUAAUUGAUGAAUUCAUGGAGGCUGUUUCUGAUACUUUUGGAAGGCAAGUUCUCAUACAGUUUGAAGAUUUCGGAAAUCACAAUGCUUUUAGAUUUUUACGGAAAUACAGAAAUCAGUUUUGCACUUUUAAUGACGAUAUACAAGGUACAGCAUCUGUAGCAGUGGGAGGCUUAUUGACAGCAGAAAAAAUUGUAAACAAGAAAUUGACUGAUAUGAAAUUUCUAUUUGCUGGUGCAGGGGAGGCAGCUCUCGGGAUUGCAAACUUGUUAACACGGCACAUGUGGGAAAGUGGAAAACCUAAAAAUGAGACUUACAAAAAUAUAUUUCUUUUCAACAAAGAUGGUCUACUUGUGAAAAAUCAGCCUCAGCCACUAGAAAGUCCAGAGCAAUCGAACUACGCUCACGAUCACAAUUAUAUUGAGGAUUUUAAUGAAGCUGUAAAAACAAUAAAGCCAGAUGCAAUAAUAGGUGUUGCUGGAGCAGGUCGUCUAUUUACCAAAGAUGUUUUAGAAAGCAUGGCUGAAAUCAAUGAACGACCGAUCAUUUUUGCAUUAAGUAAUCCAACUGAUAGAGCUGAAUGUACUGCAGAGGAAGCAUACACACAUACUAAGGGACAAUGCAUAUUUGCAAGUGGAAGUCCAUUUGACCAAGUCACACUUGAAGAUGGAAGGACCUUCACAUCAGGACAGGGAAAUAAUGUCUACAUUUUUCCAGGUGUUGCUCUUGGUGUAAUAUCAUGUGGAGUGAGGCAUAUACCUGAUCAGAUUUUCUUGAUUGCAGCAAAGACAUUAGCGAAUGAAAUGACACCUGAAGAGGUAUCGCAAGGUCGAGUUUACCCCAAUCUGAAGAGAAUUCAAGAUGUCUCCAUCAAUAUUGCAGUUAAGAUUGCCGAGUAUGUAUAUGCCCACGGUAUGGCAGGUCAUCAACCAGAACCAGUGGAUAAAUAUGAUUUCAUCAGAUCACAAAUGUACAGUACAGAUUAUGAAUCUCUUCUACCUUCGAGAUAUGAUUGGCCCGAAGAUGUUAUGAAACCACAAGGAAAAGGUUGCAAAGGAGGAUUAAAGAAAGAAUAAAAUAUUUCUGUGAAAAAUUCAACAUUUUUGUACAAACAUUUUUUUCUUGUCUUCCUUGUGAAACGCUACAUUUCACACUUUCAUUCACAAAUACUUUUGAGAUACACUAUUCAAGACUUAAGAUGAAUUUUCUCAUAAAAUACCUAUUGACUGACUUGUUAACGCUUUUUUAAGAAUUCAAUUUUGUUAAGUAUGAUUUGAGUCAAUUCCAACUUUAAGUUGAUGAAGUCAAAUCACCAGGUCAAAGGUCACGUAAACGCCAUUAUAUGGAGUCAUUCCCAAGAGAUCUGCCCUAUUAUAACACAAUUUGGUAACAAAAAAAAGUUUAUUGUCUGAUAUGCGUAUUAAUAUAUUUAGCCUCGAUUCAUACUUAAUGAUAAUUGUAUUAGAGCUCAUGUUUGCAAGACAAAUAGUGAUUUCUUAUAUAUGAGCAGUGGAUUGUUUCGACAAACAGAUUCCCAUUGAAGCAACAUUUUUGUUGCAAAUAACCAGUAUGCUAACGGGGUUUUAAGAGUUUAUUAAUGUCAUUCACGCUUUAUACCUUGUGUAAAUUGCCUUUCAUAGUCAUUUUCACAUUUUUCGUUCUGUAGUCUUUCCAUGCAAUCAUUUUCUUACAAAUUGCAGUUUCUUCAUUUUUGCUUUUUUUGAACACUGUUUUCAUGUGUUAAAGUUCCCUUUAUUGAGUAUAUGACUUUAUGAAGUCAACAAUAUAUAGUCAAACUAUAAAAAUAAAACUGUGAUAUAUCAACAGACAUAAUUAUAUUACUAUAUUGUAUUGCA